UUACCCAUGUACUGAUCAUCAAUGGCAGCAGUAGCACAACCUCAUAAUUGUUUCUACUUUUGGUUUUUGUUUAUUGCCAUCUUCUGGUUCUUGCUGCCCUCUGCCUCCACAGAGACAGACAAUUACAUCGUCCAUAUGGACUUAGCCGCCAUGCCCAAGCCCUUUGCCACCCACCAUACAUGGUACUCUGCCACACUUUCCUCUGUUCUUGAUAAUCCUCGGCUUGGGAUGUUGCCCUCUAAGCUGAUCCAUACUUAUAAUCAUGCCAUCAAUGGUUUCAGUGCAAGUAUCACCCCAUCUGAGCUCAAGGCUUUACAGAAGUCUCCCGGCUAUGUUUCCUCUGUCCCUGAUUCAUCUCUACAAGUUGACACCACUCACUCCUCUCACUUCCUUGGCCUGAGCUCGGAUUCGGGUGUCCUGCUCUCGAAUUACGGCAGUGAUGUUAUAAUUGGGUUUGUGGAUACUGGAGUUUGGGCUGAAAGUGAGAGCUUUAGUGACGAGGGGAUGCCUGAAAUUCCAUCAAGAUGGAAAGGAAAGUGCGAGAGUGGCACCCAUUGUAACAAGAAACUGAUUGGAGCUAGGUUCUUCAACAGAGGACUGAUAGCCAAGUUUCCAAACGUGACAAUAUCUAUGAACUAUACGAAUGACACCAAUGGCCAUGGAACUCAUACGGCAGCCACUGCGGCAGGUGGCUACGUUAAAGAUGCAUCUUUUUUCGGCUAUGGUCGAGGAACUGCAAGAGGCGUGGCUCCACGAGCUCGGGUGGCCAUAUACAAGGCCAUUUGGGAAGAGGGUAAUUACGUAUCGGAUGUGAUCGCUGCAAUCGAUCAGGCAAUUUUGGAUAGCGUGGAUGUGCUAUCCUUGUCGCUCGGCCUCGACGGGGCUCUGUUGUACGAAGACCCGGUUGCCAUAGCGACAUUCGCUGCCGUGGAGAGGGGUAUUUUGGUCACCACAUCAGCUGGAAAUAAGGGACCUCAGCUCGGGACCGUGCACAACGGAGCACCUUGGGUUUUGAACGUUGCAGCUGGCACAAUGGACCGUGAUUUUGGAGGUACAAUAAGACUUGGCAAUGGAGUUUCAGUUUUGGGAUCUUCUCUGUUUCCUUUAAACUCAGGCAUGGCUACGUCCAAACUCCCCCUUGUUUUCAUGGGUGGAUGUUACAAUUUGAAGAAACUGAAAAAAGUUGGCCAUAAGAUUGUGGUGUGUGAAGACAAGGAUGAGUAUAACUCGUACUCCUUGAGUUUACAAGUCGAUAAUGUUGAAACUGCAAAAGUUGGCGUUGGAGUUUUUAUCUCCAAUCUCUCCGAUUGGGAUAACUCGGUCCAAACUUCAUUCCCUUCAAUUUUCCUCAGCCCAUCUAAUGGAAAUAUCAUAAAACAUUACAUCAGGACCAGCUCUAACCCAAAGGCAAGGGUGAGUUUCCACAAGACGAUUUUCGGGAGGAAGCCAGCGCCUAGCGUGGCACGUUACAGCUCAAGGGGGCCAGCAGAGAGCUGCCCAUUUGUGUUGAAGCCUGAUAUCAUGGCGCCUGGUGAUGCAAUUUUAGCUUCAUGGCCUCUAAAAGUGGCGGCAACGGACGUGAAUUCAAGGCCAAUUUAUAGCAAGUUUAAUGUACUGUCAGGGACUUCCAUGUCCUGCCCACAUGCUGCAGGGGUUGCGGCUCUUCUCAAGGCUGCACACCCUCGAUGGAGCCCUGCCGCGAUACGGUCUGCGAUGAUGACCACGGCGGACGUUGUUGACAAUACACAAACUCCGAUCAAAGACCUUGGUGAGAAGAACAAACUCGCGACUCCUCUGGCGAUGGGCUCUGGCCAUGUUAAUCCCAACAAAGCAGUUGAUCCAGGGUUGAUUUAUGACAUGGAAAUACAAGAUUACGUAAAUGUUCUUUGUGCGUUGAACUACAACAAAAAUCAAAUCCAAACAAUCACUCGAUCGGCUUCGAACAACUGCAAAAAUCCGUCGUUGGAUUUGAACUACCCUUCUUUCAUUGUUAUUGUGAAUGCUAGUGAUUCAAACACAGAAAUGGAGAUCUCACGAGAAUUUAAGAGGACAGUGACGAAUGUUGUGGAGGAGGCAACAACAUAUGAAGCAAAACUGACACCCAUGAAUGGGAAUGGGGUUCGAGUGACAGUGAAGCCACAUAAAUUGGAGUUCAAGGGAAAGAAUCAUAAACUGAGCUUUACGGUGAAAGUACAGCUAGGUCAUUGGAUAGUUCAAAGAGAUCCCAAUGUUGUUUUUUGUUAUCUGAGUUGGGUGGAGGUCGGAGGUGGACAUGUAGCACGAAGUCCAAUAGUGGUCACUGACCUCAACUUCAUGCUCAGAUCACAUCAAAAGAAUAAUACUUAGAUAUUUAUUGGUCACGUACAAUUGUUUACCAAUAAAAAUUUCAUAGGUUU